UAUGGCAACAAAACACAUGUGUUUUGACGUAACACUCAUUCAAACACUUGAAGUGUUGUAUAAAAUCUGAUUCAAGACAUCAAUCCAUCAACACUUGAAUCGUGAAGACUUUCGCCCAAAGGUGACCACAACUCACGAGUGCUAUGAAACUGACGCUUUUGAACCUGUUUUUGAUGACAAUUAUAUCGCUAUUACUUCACAAGUAUGUUAUGCCAUACGAAAGGGGUUUCCAUUGCGACGACCUGUCCAUCAGCCAACCCUUUCAUCCCAUUAUAAUACCCAUGAAUUACUUGCUAUUCUUCGCCUUCAUUGUGCCCGUCAUCGCCAUCAUCACCACUGAAUACCACCAGAAGUCUGACCUCAUCACCACUGUCCGGACGAUCAAACAGUUUUACUUCGGACUCAUAUUGUCUUUCAUUUUGGUAUUGGUUUGCAAAACAUAUUUCGGAAGAUUGCGACCUAAUUCUAUAGACGGCAUCUGUAAGGCCCGACACCACUGCACUCCCGGAACCGGUUAUGUGAAGCAAUUCACGUGCAAUAACUCUGUGACCAAACUCGUGAAGGAGUCGCGGAUGUCCUUCUAUUCCGGACACUCCUCUGUCGGCACCUAUUCUGCAGUUUAUGUCAUCCUUUACCUCCUCUUCCGGAGCCAAUCCAAGAAUCGUCUCAUAUAUGCCGCACAACUCAUUGUAUUCAUCAUUGGAUUGAUUCCCGGCUAUACUCAGGGUAUUAACUAUUGGCACCACUGGUCAGACAUCGGCACCGGUUAUAGUGUCGGUGCCAUCACUGCCUAUCUGACUCGCGAAUUCUUAACUCAGCACAUGAUUGUGACCACAAUUACACCAAUUAUGAGACAAUUAAGGGCACUGUUUGUCAAACAAAACUUAUUCAAACUCUUCAACGAAACCAAUUACUCAAGACUUACGCCCAUUUCGGUGACAAUCGUUCAGAAAUGCAACAAAUCUUCAGUUUCGUCUCCAAUCAAAUCCGUGGACCGACUGGUGGUGAACAAGAAUAUGACUCUGAGGUACUGUCACCCGACGCCUGUGUCCACGCAAACGGCUGUUGACGACCAGCACAAGAGCGACCGCAAGAGUGGUCGACCUCUGGUGGUGUUCUUCGCGUGGAUGUUGGCUAAGGAACAACACCUCGAGAAGUACCGCAAUCUCUACUUCAAGCGCGGCUUCGAUGUGCUGACCGUUAAGACCAGUCCUCUGGAGCUCUUACUGCCGACCAGAGGCUCGCAAGUGGUGGCGAAGAAUGUGAUGAACUUUGUGAACGAAGUGCACGACCAGUACUCGGAGAUUGUGAUCCACGCGUUCAGUGUCGGCGCCUAUCAGUUCGGCGAAGUGUUGGUCCAUUUGGAGAGAAACGACAAAAUACUCGCCAAACUGGUCCGCACUGUCAAAGGGCUGAUCGUGGACUCCGUGGCCGACAUGGAGGCCAUUCCCGUGGGUCUGUCGCGAGCCGUCACUACUAAUAGUGUCUUACGAGUGAUAUUCAAGAACUUGAUUGCAAUGCAUAUGAAAGUGUUUAACUCAGUGGCGACCGUACACUACAGGGCGUCCUCCGAGGCCUACAAGAAUAAUGCCAUUCGGUGUCCGAGUCUUAUCAUCUGUUCCAACAAAGAUAUUGUCGGCAAUCCUGAGGCCAAUCGCAAAGUUAUGGAGCGAUGGCAUCAGAAGAAUAUUGAUGUCCAGUGGAAGUGCUUCGAGAAGUCCAGACACGUCGGACAUUAUCAGACAUAUCCAGAGGAAUACAACAAAGAAAUUGAUUCAUUCCUUAAGAAAAUUAAUUUGUAAUUCAAAUCAAAAUUUUCACUCGAAAUGAG